AUGGAAGAACCCAAAAAAAAGAAAGACAAGCAAUCUAAUGUUAUCAUUAGGCUCAUUGUGACCACUUACAUGUAUGUCCUCAUAUCAUUUGCAAUGGUUCUUGCUCCAAUUUUGCAAAUGAUAUGUAUCGUUUUGUUCUUGCCUCUGAUUAUAUGUAGCAAAAAGGCACGCUUAACGAUACUUUCCUACUGCUUUAGGAUUUGUAUGUUCUUGGCAUUGUCCCCGUUGAACCCAUUUUGGAAAUUAAAAACAAUCAGGAAACCGAGGAAGGGAUACAGGCCAACCACAACAGUUCUAUUUGUCAACCACUUAUCUUCACUAGACCCGUGGGUAGUUAAUGCAGUUACAGUGUCAUGGAAUUUGAAGUACGUUUUUAAGGCCUCAUUACUUCGAAUACCCUUUGGAGGACAGGCAAUAUAUUUGUCUGGGGAUAUGCCAAUUCAUUUUACCAAAGGGAAAGGUGGAUGGGAAGUUAAACCAGGAAGUGUAGCACAGGUUAUGAAAACCUGUAAAGAGUACCAAUCUAUGAACAUGGGUACAAUUGUAUUUCCGGAAGGCACACGUUCUCUUACUGGACAGUUACAGUUUUUCAAACCAGGUUUUUUUAAAUUCGCAAUUGAAAAUAAUUGUGAAAUAUUGCCAUGUGCUUUACAUGGGUCUGGAAAAUUGUGGCCUGUGAAAGCAAAAUUGGUGGACAUGGGAACUGUGUAUUUUUCUUUUGGAGAGCCUUUUUAUCCCACCCCUGGAAUGACAGUCGACCAGUUAAUCGAAAAAACCAGAAAUGCCAUUUUCGAAUUGAUUAAGGAGUUCCCCGAUUAUGAUCCCGAGACGGACAAGUUAGCAACCGAAAUGACGAAAUGGAGAGGACACGGUCUGUAG